AAAAUGAUUGAAUGGAUAUUAAUUUCCCCAGUGGAUUAAGCAAAUGUGGUCCUUUGUCUGACCUAGGAUGGACCAUCUUAAACCUACUGAACUGGAUUUACGUGUCAUGUGACAUGCCGGGUACAACAUUCCAAAACUGUCAACCCAACGUAUAAAACGUCUGCUGGUCGUCAACCUCAGCAUCAAGCAUCAAGACUACAAAGAUGGCUCAUCUUCGCCUUUUAUUCGCCCUUUGCGGGAUCAUCGCACUGGCACAAGCUAGGUCAUGUGAAAAAGCAGUCAAUGACUGUCCAAAAGGCUGGACUCAGUUGGACAAUUACUGCUACGUCUACCAACAUGAUCCCAGGACCUUUUCAGAUGCAGAGAGUGUCUGCAACGUUUUUGGUGGGAAUCUGGUCUCGAUAAACAGUCUCAAGGAACACGCAGUCGUUGUUGAGCUGAUUCGGGAGGGGGCCGGCUCUGUCGUUGACACCUGGAUUGGAAUCCACGAUGCCGUUGAGGAAGACGACUUCUUAUGGACCGAUGGCGAAGUUGUUAAUUUCAGAAACUUUGGGGUUGACCAGCCUGACAAUGACGGUGGAGUCGAAGACUGUGUAGAAAUUGCGGCAGAUGACUCGUUGUGGGCUGAUGAUGAAUGUACCGUUGCCAACCCAUUUGUUUGCAUCAGGGCCGUGGAAAAAAAAGAUUGCCACUAAUCAGUCGUCUUACCGUCAAAUCUUUUAUGAUAAUGUUUUUCAACUUUGAGACAAUAUCUGUGUUAUCAUUCAAUGUUUAUUAUCCGGUUGUUGAUUGCUGUCACUUAAGCACAUUUCCAUGGGUAUCUUUUUAAUAAAUUAAAUUUUUUUUGAGCAUGACAA